GUUUGUGGCAGCAGGGGAGUGUGGCUACAGAGGUGGCUCCUGUAAGAGGCUUCUAGAAGCUCCCCUGGCUUCAAUUUUGGCCCCACCUCUGGCCAAGACCAGGCCAAUUGGCGCUUCUGCAGAUAAACACAUUGAAGAGGGGAAAAAACCUAUUGGGCAAGUUUUUGUUGUGAAUAACCCUAUACCUUCCAACCUGAAGUCAGAAGCUAAAAAGGCAGCUAAAAUACUACGAGAAUUUACAGAAAUAACUUCUAGAAAUGGACCUGAUAAAAUCAUACCUCCUCAUGUAAUAGCUAAAGCCAAAGGCCUUGCAGUUUUGUCUGUUAUCAAAGCUGGAUUUUUGGUGACCGCUCGAGGUGGAAGUGGAAUUGUAUUAGCUCGUCUUCCUAAUGGAACCUGGUCUGCUCCUUCUGCAAUAGGAAUUGCUGGCCUUGGUGGUGGAUUUGAAAUUGGAAUUGAGGUUUCAGACUUAGUGAUAAUCUUGAAUCAUGAAAGAGCAGUAGAAGCUUUUGCCAAAGGAGGGAAUCUUACACUUGGAGGAAAUCUUACUGUGGCAAUUGGACCUCUAGGGAGAAACUUGGAAGGGGAUGUUGCCCUGAGAAGCUCUGCUGCUGUCUAUACAUACUGCAAAUCUCGAGGGCUGUUUGCAGGUGUGUCUCUGGAAGGAACCUGUUUAAUUGAAAGGAAAGAAACAAAUCGCAAGUAA